AAGAUUAUCGCGCGGGGUCCGGCUACUGGGGCGCGGCUUUCAAAAUUCUGUUACCGUAGCCGUUGCUCCGCCUCUUUUCUCCGCCUCUUUUCUCCGCUGCAACCCGUAGCCGUCGACCUUUACCGCCGUCGAACAUCCACAUUUCCGACCGCCGGAUCCUAUAGAUACAUAUCAUCAAUCUACACACAAAAUGGAUGUUCUCCGUUUUAAUUCCCUAAAGUCACGCAAUUUCCACUUCGGUCCCAAAUCCACGUCGGGCACAGCCUUUAUUACGGUUACUUCCGAUGCCAUGAAACCCGCCGCCACGAGGAAAACAAAAAGGACGGGGAUCAAACCGCCGGCGGCACUUAUAGCGGAGAAGCCGUUGGAGAUUUCACUGUUACAGGCAUCCCCGUCUGUUUCAGAUAUAGUGCUACCAGUAGUACACCCGAGUUCGUUACAAUGCGAGCCAGGGUAUUUGAUACCGAAUUAUCCACGUGGUAAUAUCGGCUACAAGUACAUGAAAGAAAUAUUGACAUCAAAAGUGUAUGAGGUAGCCGAUGAAACGCCUCUGCAGUUUGCACCUAAGCUCUCUGAGCGGUUAGGGGUAAAUUUAUGGCUCAAAAGAGAGGAUCUUCAGCCGGUCUUCUCAUUCAAGGUCAGAGGAUCUUACCAUAUGAUGGCAAAGCUCCCUAGAGAGCUGUUAGAAAAGGGAGUUAUAUGCUCAUCAGCUGGAAAUCAUGCACAAGGUGUUGCAUUAGCUGCCCAGAGACUUGGUUGCAAUGCUGUGAUUGUGAUGCCAGUUACUACACCAGAAAUUAAAUGGAAAUCCGUUGAGAGAUUGGGUGCUACUGUUAUUUGCAAGGGGGACACAUAUGAUGAAGCUCAAGCAUAUGCGAAAGCUCAGGCCAAAGCAGAAGGCCGCACAUUCGUCCCUCCUUUUGAUCACCCAGAUAUUAUAAUAGGACAAGGUACAGUUGGAAUGGAGAUUAGUCGCCAAUUCAAGGAUGACAUACACGCAGUAUUUGUACCUGUUGGUGGAGGGGGUCUUAUAGCUGGAAUUGCGGCAUAUUUGAAAAAAGUUUCCCCUGAUAUAAAGAUUAUCGGUGUUGAGCCAUUCGAUUCAAAUGCAAUGGCAUUGUCGUUGCACCAUGGUCGAAGAAUAAUGCUGGAACAUGUUGGAGGUUUUGCAGAUGCUGUAGCUAUUAAAGUGAUGGGAGAAGAAACUUUCCGUCUCUGCAGGGAAUUAUUAGAUGGGGUGGUCCUAGUUGGUCGUGAUGCUAUAUGUGCAUCGAUAAAGGACAUGUUUGAAGAGAAACGAAGCAUAUUGGAGCCUGCAGGUGCACUUGCUCUUGCUGGAGCAGAAGCGUAUUGUAAGUACUAUGGCCUGAAGGGUGAAAACAUAGUAGCAAUAACUAGUGGAGCCAACAUGAAUUUUGACAGACUUAGAUUGGUAACUGAACUCGCGGAUGUUGGUAGGCAGCGGGAAGCUGUUCUCGUUACUUAUAUGCCCGAAGAGCCAGGGAGCUUCAGAAAGUUCUAUAAAAUGGUGGGAAGGAUGAAUCUUACUGAAUUGAAGUACAGAUAUAAUUCUGAGAAAGAAAAAGCUAGAGUACUUUACAGAGUUGGUCUUCACACUAAAUUAGAACUUGAAGAAAUGGUGGACAGGAUGGAAUCAUCACAACUGCAUACCAUUAAUUUUACAGAUAAUGAAUUGGUCAAAGAUCAUCUAAGGCAUCUGAUGGGUGGCAGAUCAAAUGUUCACGAUGAGCUUCUCUGUCGAUUCAUUUUUCCCGAGAGGCCUGGUGCUUUGAUGAAGUUUUUAGAUGCUUUUAGCCCGCGUUGGAAUAUUAGUUUGUUCCAUUACCGUGCACAGGGAGAAACUGGUGCAAAUGUGUUAGUCGGCAUCCAAGUUCCACAGGGUGAGGUCGGUGAGUUCAAGGCACGAGCUGACACUCUUGGUUAUGAAUAUGUAGUGGAGACUCUCAAUGAGGCUUUCCAGAUACUGAUGCAUUGAAAAAGGUUGGAAUACUUGGUGUAUAGAUUGGCUUGUGCUCAGUGGCAGAAACAAGAAUUUCAUCAAGGGGUUCAGUAGAGUUGUUCACGUGUUUAGGAGAUACAACAAUUUAUAUAUAUAUAUAUAUAUAUAUAUAUAUAUGCAUAAAUAAAUAUAUACACACACGCACAUGCAUGCAUGCAUACAUACAUACAUACAUAGUGCAAUUAUCCAGCAAAGAGGGUUGAAAUGCCACUGUUUGUGCUGAUUGGCUGAUCCCAGUGUUUGCUCAGGCCUAGCAAAGAAAAAACCACAUUCUCUAGGAAUUUUGAUAUGUUUAUACAGAUGAAAUUUUGGUCCUUAAGAAAGUUUCUCAAUGUUUUGAACGAAACUUUAUGAUGGCUCAUUUGUUAUGUAAAAUAUAAACAAGUUUUAAUCAAAUCAAUCACCAAAUUGAAGAA